AUGGAGGCCGGGGAGCCCUUCAACCGGUCGCGGGCUGGGGUAGAGCCGCCCCGCGGGGACUUGAACCUCUCCGGGCUGCCGGAGGCGGAGGGGAAGCCCCUCUUCGGCAUCGGCAGGGAUAACUUCAUCGUCUUGAUCGUCUUUGGCUUGAUCUUCACCCUGGGGGUGCUGGGCAACUCUCUGGUGAUCACGGUGCUGUCUCGGAGCAAGCCGGGCAAGCAGCGCAGCACCACCAACAUCUUCAUCCUCAACCUGAGCAUCGCCGACCUGGCCUACCUGCUCUUCUGCAUCCCCUUCCAGUCCACGGUCUACGUGCUGCCCGCCUGGGUGCUGGGCGCCUUCAUCUGCAAGUUCAUCCACUACUUCUUCACCGUCUCCAUGCUGGUGAGCAUCUUCACACUCUCGGCCAUGUCGGUGGACCGCUACGUGGCCAUCGUGCAUUCCCGCCGCUCCUCGACCUUGCGCGUCUCCCGCAACGCGCUGCUGGGCAUUGGGCUCAUCUGGGCGCUCUCCUUUGCCAUGGCCUCACCUGUGGCUCACCACCAGCGCCUCUUCCACCCUGAGAACAGCAACCAGACCUUUUGCUGGGAGCAGUGGCCCAACCCACGCCACAAGAAGGUCUACGUGGUUUGCACGUUCAUCUUUGGUUAUCUGCUCCCGCUGCUGCUCAUCUCCUUCUGCUACGCCAAGGUCCUUAAUCAUCUGCAUAAAAAGUUGAGAAACAUGUCAAAGAAGUCAGAAGCAUCCAAGAAAAAGACAGCACAGACUGUGUUGGCGGUGGUAGUGGUUUUUGGCAUCUCCUGGCUGCCGCAUCACGUGAUUCAUCUCUGGGCUGAAUUUGGAGUUUUUCCACUGACUCAAGCUUCAUUUAUCUUCAGGGUAAUUGCACACUGCCUGGCUUACAGCAAUUCUUCUGUGAACCCGAUUAUAUAUGCAUUUCUCUCUGAAAAUUUUAGGAAGGCCUACAAACAAGUCUUCAAGUGCCAGAUAGGUAAUGAAUCACCUCUGAAUGAUGCUAAAGAAAAUAAGAGCCAGAUAGAUACACCACCAACUACCAACUGUACACACCUGUGA